AUGUCCAGCUUCCCCACUUCAUACUCUCGCGCCCCAUCGCUGAUGUUCACGAUGCAGAAUCUCAACAACAUCAACGCGACCAAUAUAUCGAUCGGUAGACUCACAAACCAGCUCGCAUCUGGACUCGAUAUCCUGCGCCCAUCAGAUGAUCCGGUCCGCAGCGCGACCAUCUCCACGCUCGACACACGCAUCGAGAGCACCAAUCAAAUCCUGCAGAACCUCAACUUCGCUGGAUCUUCUGUCGGCUCACUCGACCAGCUCCUCGCGGAUGCCAAAUCCCUUGUCGACGAAGCAGCAUCCAUCGCAUCAUCGCAAAUCAACUCCGAUCCCGAAACACGCGAGAGCCAAGCAGUCAUCAUCGAUUCACUGAUCGACUCUUUAUUCUCUAUCGCCAAUCAGGAGUCCCUCAUCGGAUACUCCUUUGGAGGAUCAGCUCCCGGCCGUCAACCGAUCAUCUACGAUCGCGGCGCGUACCGAUUUGUAGGUGAAGUCGGAGGAAUCACCGCCGCGCUCGGCGCCGCGUCCAAUGUCCCGCUCACCCUCGGCGUCGGAAACGCGAUCGGUGAACUCUCCAAUCGACUCGAAGGCAGCGUCGAUCUCGAUCCCGGACUGACUCCCGACACGCUCCUGUCGGAUCUCAACGGUGCCAACCAAGUAGGUGUCAAUACAGGAAUCAUCGAGUUCAGCUACAACGGCGGACAGGUCGCGCAGGUCGACCUCGCCGGAGCGGUCACCGUAGGCGAUGUGCUCGAUCGACUCAACGCCGCGGUCGUGCAGUACGAAGCAGACCAAUCCGUCACCGUGCUCGGACCAAGCGCCUUCUCCAUCAACGGCGACUCCAUCAGCAUCGAUAUCCCCGCAGGGAACCUCGAGUUCUUCGAUCUGCAGGGAUCGAACAUCGGUUCCGAUCUCGGCUUGGUCAACAAUGCCGCCGUGCCGUUCUCUUCGACCAAUCCCGAUGGACUCAACCUCGAUCCGCAACUGACUUGGACCACCCCAGUAUCUGUAUUCAACGGAUUGGGUGGAUCUCCACUCGGAUCGAUCCAGCUCACCAACAACGGCUCAACACACACCAUCGAUCUCUCUGGAGCCCAAACCCUCGCAGACAUCAAGAGCGCGAUCGAAUCCGGAAACACAGGCGUGCGAGUGCUGAUCUCGGAAGACCAACGCUCAAUCAACAUCAUGACCGAGAGCGCUGGACUCCAAUCCCACGCGCUCUCGAUCGCGGAAGUUGCCGGAGGAGGAGGCACCGCGGAACUGCUAGGUAUCCGCACAUUCGCCGCCGACACACCGAUCUCUGUAUUCAACGAUGGUUCAGGCAUCAACAUCGUCACCGGACGCACCGAUCCGCUCACUGGACUUGUCGAUCCAGCUCUCAAUACCGAUUUCGAGAUCAACCUCGGCGAUGGAUUCACGAUCAGCAUCGAUCUCGGACCGAGUGACAUCACCACAGUCGGAACCCUCGUCAACGCCAUAAACACCCAAGCAGACGCGCAGCUCACCGCCGCGGGUCGUCCAACCACAGAUUUCACGGCCAAUGUCGGCGCAAUCAGCAACGGCAUCGAGUUCAACCAAGAUCCUGGACUCGCAACAGGUGGCGCUAUCUCAAUCCGUCCCGUCAACAACUCCACCGCCGCUCAGCAGCUCGGAUUCCUUGACGCAAAGGCGAACGGGAGCGGCACACUUUUGCGCUCCGAGGAUCGUGCCACAAUCCGUGUAAACAACCUUUUCUCCCAUCUUCUGGACCUUUCCGAGGCAUUGAAGAACGACGACACCUUUGGCAUCGAACUUGCGACAAAGAGACUCGGACUGAGUCAGGAUCAUGUGAUCCAAGCUCGAUCCACCGUCGGCGGAUACGCACGCCGUCUCGAUGACGAGACACGCCGACAAGAGGACCGCCUCGUAUAUGACGAAGCCGUCCGCUCGCAGCUCAGAGAUCUGGACUUUGCGUCCGCAUCCUCCGAGUUCGCGCAGCUGCAACUCCAGCUCCAAGCGGGGCUCAGCGUUGCAGCACAAACACAGCAGCUCACGCUGCUGGACUUCCUCGGCUAA